GCUAAUCAACAUUCUGUUUUUCGAUAAGAACUGAAAGUUGAUUGGCUACUGCGUGAACUCGGCUGCGCAACAAGAGUUGCCGUAUCCUGUGGGCAGAACCAUUAGUGCCAUCUAACGAUUUUAUAAGAAACCAGAAUGACACUAGAUUUGGGCUCCGUUGAAUGACCGUUUACGAAGUUGAAUCAACACAGGUUGGGACAAAGAUCAAUCAUUCAUUUGCCAGUCGUUGUCAAUCGUUGCAAAUAAUUUACGAGAAGUGAUAAAGCACUGUUAAAAAUGGCUCUUAGUCCUGGAGAUCCAAGUUCUUUUUCAAGACCAGAACUUGCAGUUGUAACUCAUACCUACUUAGAACUAGAUGUUAAUUUUGAACGAAAAGUUCUCACAGGUAAAGCAACAUUAGAUGUAGAAAUAAAAGGUGACACUAUUGAAUUAAUUUUAGAUAACCGUAAACUCGUAAUAUUAAAUAUUACGAAUGCUGUUGAUGGAUCUCAGCUACAAUAUGAUAUUGGGGAGGAUGUCGAGUUUGGAAGUAAAUUGACCAUUCAGUUACUGUUGGUUACUACAACACUGGCUGUUGGUAAUAAUAACAAAAAAUAUAAAAUUGAAAUUAAAUAUGAGACAUCUCCAGAUGCAACUGCCUUGCAGUGGUUAACAGCAGAACAAACUGCUGGUGGUGUACACCCUUAUUUAUUUUCUCAGUGUCAGGCUAUACACGCUAGAUCCAUGUUUCCUUGUCAAGAUACUCCAUUUGUGAAAUCUACAUAUUCUGCUAAAAUAUCCGUUCCACGAGAACUUACAGUUGUAAUGUCUGCACUUUUGGAUAAAGUAUCAGAUUUGGAUAACUCAAAGAAAUUGUACGAAUUUCACCAACCAGUACAAAUACCAUCUUAUCUAGUAGCUAUAGCAAUAGGGGCGUUAGUGUCGAAACAAGUUGGUCCAAGAAGCAAAGUAUGGGCUGAGAAGGAGCUUAUUGAUAAAAGUGCAUAUGAAUUUGGAGAAACCGAAACAAUGCUACAAACUGCCGAGCAGUUGUGCGGUCCUUAUGUUUGGGGCAUUUAUGAUAUAUUAGUACUUCCACCGAGUUUUCCAUUCGGAGGAAUGGAGAAUCCUUGUCUGACGUUUGUGACACCGACCGUACUUGCCGGAGAUCGUUCGUUAGCCAACGUUAUUGCCCAUGAAAUCUCUCACAGUUGGACAGGAAAUUUAGUUACGAACGCGAACUUCGAGCAUUUCUGGUUGAACGAAGGUUUUACCGUAUUCAUUGAGAGAAAAAUCAAUUCUAAAAUGUUUGGUGAAAAAAUGAGACAUUUUGAAGCGCUACACGGCAUUGAAAGUCUGCGCGAGGAGGUUAAAAAUCUAGGUAAAACGAAUCAACUGACGAACUUGUUGCCAAAUCUGGUUGGCGUCGAUCCCGACGAUGCGUUUUCGAUCGUGCCUUACGAAAAGGGUCAUACAUUCCUGUUUUAUCUGGAGCAACUCUUAGGUGGACCAGAAGUAUUCGAGCCAUUCUUAAAAUCUUAUUUAGAUAUGUACAAAUACAAGAGCAUCAAAACGGAUACUUGGAAAGAUUAUUUGUAUCACUAUUUCCCAGACAAAGUUGAGCUGUUAAAUUCUGUCGAUUGGCACACAUGGCUCCAUAAGCCAGGUAUGCCACCUGUGAUACCGGACUAUGACAAGACGUUAGCGAACGUAUCUAUCGAGUUAGCGAAACGAUGGAUCGAGUGGGACGAAAAUACUGCUAUGACUUUCGCCGUAACAGAUAUAGAGAGUUUCUUCCCUGGUCAGAAAGUAGCAUUUCUGACCAACUUACAUAAAUCAUCUACGGUUCUGUCGCUCAAUAAGAUACAGCGAAUGGCAGAUAUCUACCAGCUGGACUCUGUAAAAAAUUGCGAGAUACGGUUUAUUUGGUUGCGCUUGUGUAUCAAGAGCCGCUGGGAAUCGAAAGUUUCCGAAGCUUUGGCCUUCGUUACCGAGCAAGGACGCAUGAAGUAUGUACGUCCGAUAUUCCGAGACCUGUACGAGUGGCAAGAAAUGCGACAGCGAGCAAUUGACGUAUACCUUAGCAAGAAGAAUAAGAUGAUGUACGUGACCGCGCACAUGGUGGCGAAGGAUCUUCACUUGAUUGACUGAUAUAAAAGAUUAUACAAUGACAUUAAAGUCUUACAUAUUUUUUAAGAAUCAAACUUCUUAUUUUAUACAGUGACGUUAAUGUCUUACAUAUUUUAUCAGUUUUCAUUAUUUUUAUCAAUUUACCAUAAUGUAAAUAGGUGAUAAGGAGAUAUUGCUUUAUCUCGUUAAAGUUUUAAUAAAGAGAAACA